AUGGACGACGCCAUAAAGGAGAAGCUCCGCCUGGACACUCUUCACGACGAAGAGCUUCUUCGCAUCGGCAAGACUCAAGAGCAGGAACGCGAACACAUUGUUCGAACCCAAGCCCAAGCACGCGAGCACCUCAAACUUACGCUCGAUCUCGAGCAUCACGCAAUCCACGACGCAGCCAUUGCCCGGCAAAAGGCACUCAAUGAGCAAGAUUAUGAGCACCGCGAACGCCUACUCAAGCUAGAGCGUCAGUAUGCGUCGAGUGAGAUGGCGCUUAAGCCUAAUGAGUCGGUCCCAGAAUCUGAGAAUGCGGGAUCUAGAAACGAGGCAGCGGUAGACACCGAGGAAAGGUUCACUGAACCUGAGAGUGCGGGAUCUGGGAAUGAAGAUUCUGGAGAGCGGGCAUCAAUGAAGGGCAAGAGCAAGGUGGAAUUUUUCGUUCAGAUUGCGAAGAAUGCGGCCGAGAGGGGGGCAGAGAGGAGGCGGGGAUAG